UGUUGAACCAAAAACGAAUUUAAAAGAACACGUUUAAUGUAUUCAAAUAAUUUGAAGAAAAGACAAAAAGGGAGAAAUUAAUCCAUUCAUUUAACGUUGGCAAACCAAUCUAGAGCUAGCGGCUGGCAAGUGGAUGGGUUUCGUUUUACAGGAUUUGGAUGCUGCCUUGCCUCUACUUAUAAUUACAAGUUAGAAGCAACCAACGGUCAUAAAAACCAAUACUCGUAGCAAGCAGGCAAGUGGUUUAUUGAGCAACAUAAGCGAAGCGCUGCUUAAACACUGCUAAAGUGCUAAUUGCUCAACUUCUAAAACGGAUAAUGCAAUCCUUGAAUUUUCCAACACCAAUUUACAACAACAAUAUUCCAACGCCUCAAAAAGCUAACCACUUUCUCUUUCGAAACAGAAGAGACCAAACGCCCCGGUUCCCUACUUUACUUCUCGCGGCCGAGCAUGACUUGGCUCUCAAAGACGAAGAAAAUAAAGGAGGGGCGGUGGUGCCAUUGCCGGAGGGUCUACGGAGGGAGGUGAUGCCCCGGCACGUGGCAGUGAUAAUGGAUGGCAAUGCGAAGUGGGCCAGGCAGCGGGGUUUUUCAGCAGCAUCUGCUGGGCAUGAAGCUGGUGGACGGUCACUUAGGGAGCUUGUAAAGUCGUGUUGUGAGUGGGGGAUUAGAGUGCUCACUGUUUUUGCCUUUUCUUAUGACAAUUGGACUAGGCCUAAGAUGGAGGUUGUUUUCUUGUUGAGUUUAUUUGAAAGGAUGUUGCAGUCCGAGUUGGAUAACUUUAUGAGGAAGGGUAUUCGAGUCUCUACAAUUGGAGACUCCUCCAGGCUCCCAGAGUCUCUAAAGAAACUGAUAAGUGAUAUAGAGGAGAAGACGAGAGACAAUUGCAGACUCCACCUCAUCUUGGCAGUCAGCUAUAGCGGGAAAUAUGAUGUUACACAAGCAUGCAAAAGCAUUGCUCACAAGGUGAAGGAUGGUAUUGUUCAGUUGGAAGACAUCGAUGAAAGCCUACUUGAACAGGAGUUGGAAACAAAUUGUGCCCAGUAUCCAUGUCCUGAUUUAUUGAUAAGAACCAGCGGAGAACUUAGGAUCAGCAAUUUCUUACUGUGGCAACUGGCCUACACUGAGCUUUUCUUUGCAGAAGCGCUCUGGCCUGACUUUGGAAAAGCUGAGUUUAUAGAGGCCUUAACUUCCUAUCAGCAGAGGCAGAGACGCUAUGGUGGACGGCAUUCAUAACUGCAUGCUAUUUAGAUUCCUUGUAUUAUUCAUAUGAAUGUCAUUUCUGUCAGGCAAAGCUCUCUUCACCGUUCGUUGAGCUUCAGCUCUGAAGCCCAGUGCUCCGGGAUAGCUAGUCGAAUAUGCACCUAACACGUGUGAGUGUAGCAGAGCAAGCAUAAUCCUAAUAUUCAAUGCCAUUGUAUGAUUCAGGGCAUUGUAUAAUAAAAUACUCAUGGUUAUUAAAUAAAUAAAAAGCUUUGUUUUCCACA